ACUCUGUGUAUAGUUGUUGCUCCUGGCAACGGCCACUUCCGGGAGCGAGUGCCGCCUUCCCUCUGUACCGCGGGCGCUCUAGCCCCGGGUUCCGGCCUCGAAACGGCAGUUAGUGUUCCUCCGCCGCUAGCUCCUCGGGUUAACUUCGGACCACUGGGCCGCACAACCCGGGACUUCUCGCCGCCCCCAACGCCUCGGCGGGGCCUUUGAGGCCGUCAUGGUUCUCCUGCACGUGAAGCGGGGCGACGAGAGCCAGUUCCUGCUGCAGGCGCCGGGCAGCACCGAGCUGGAGGAGCUCACGGUACAGGUGGCCCGGGUCUACAACGGGCGGCUCAAGGUGCAGCGCCUCUGCUCAGAAAUGGAAGAACUAGCAGAACAUGGCAUAUUUCUCCCUCCUAAUAUGCAAGGGCUAACUGAUGACCAGAUUGAAGAACUGAAAUUAAAGGAUGAAUGGGGUGAAAAAUGUAUACCCAGCGGGGGCGCAGUGUUUAAAAAGGAUGAUAUUGGACGAAGGAAUGGGCAAGCUCCAAAUGAAAAAAUGAAGCAAGUGUUAAAGAAGACGAUAGAAGAAGCCAGAGCAAUCAUAUCUAAGAAACAAGUGGAAGCCAGUGUCUGUGUUACCAUGGAGAUGGUGAAAGAUGCCCUGGACCAGCUUCGAGGUGCGGUGAUGAUCGUCUAUCCCAUGGGGCUGCCACCGUAUGAUCCCAUCCGCAUGGAACUUGAAGAUAAAGAAGAUUUGUCAGGAACGCAGGCAGGGCUCAACGUCAUUAAAGAGUCAGAGGUACAGCUGUGGUGGGCAGCCAAGGAGCUGAGAAGGACAAAGCAGCUCUCAGACUAUGUGGGGAAAAACGAAAAAACCAAAAUUAUCGUCAAGAUUCAGCAAAGGGGACACGGAGCUCCGGCCCGGGAGCCUAUCAUUAGCAGUGAGGAGCAGAAGCAACUGAUGCUGUAUUAUCACAGAAGACAAGAGGAACUCAAGAGAUUGGAAGAAAAUGAUGACGACACCUGUUUAAAUUCUCCGUGGGCAGAUAACACUGCUUUGAAAAGACACUUUCAUGGAGUAAAAGACAUAAAGUGGAGACCAAGAUGAAGCGCACGCUUUCAAAAAACAUUGGCUCAGCUUUCUUUUAGGCUAAUAGUUACAAUAUAAAGGACAGCCCCCACCCUUUGUAAAGAUGUUGGAAUGUCUAGUUUUCUUUAAGUUUGACUUUUUAAACAAUGAUUAUUCAGAGUUUCAGAACUUAAUAAAUUCAUCCUCAAAAGAAAA